AUGCGUUCAACCGUUUCUUCUUCUUCUUCUUCUUCUUCUUCUUCUUCUUCUUCUUCUUCUCAUCCCCCUCCUCCUUCUUCUUCUUUUUCUUCUUUUCAUCCUCCUCCUUCUUCUAUUUCUUAUUAUUAUUAUUAUUUUUCUUCUUCUUCUUCUUCUUCUUCUUCUUCUUCAGGACAUCCACCUGUCGUUCUGCCUGUUGCUCGUCUGGUCCUGGAUAGAAUACUUUACAUCAGAGAAGAACAUCAGCAUCCCGGCAGGACCGUGCUUGAGGUCGUUCAGCAAAGCCGCCGCUUUGACUUACCUCGAUUGCUUGGAGGCAUUCGUGAUGAGCAUGCGGUGAGACUUGCGGUAGAAGGAGUAACCAAUGUCCUUCUUGAUCGUUCGGCAGAUCGUCGACUUGUGACAGCCCAUGUCAGCAGCGAUCUUGGCGUAGCUUUUGCUUCCAUCAUUGUCGACUGUCGCCUUGACGGUGGCGUGGCACACGUCGGUCCUAAUGGCCGAACAAUGUUACAGGGCUUUUCGUUUGGUAGUAAACUCGUCCUUGUUCUCAUACGCCUUCCACUUCCUCCAAAUGCCCAUGAUCAUGGUCCUCUUGAACCCAAACCAGGCCAUCACUUCCGCAGGCUUCUUCCCGACGCGAAAAGAUCUACUACCACUGCUUUGCGCUCAUAUUCCAUACUGGAAAAUGUUAGAGAGAAAAACGUUAGUUAG